CUUCCCAACCUUUUCGCUGUAGGGCCGCUCAGGGUAACCCCGCGGCGUGCGCUGGGCGGAGCCUCUUUCCCGUGCGGCCGCCGAGGAGCAGCCAUGGCGGAGCCAAAGGUAUUGGUGAUUGAUGGACGUGGCCACUUGCUGGGUCGUUUGGCAGCCAUUGUGGCUAAGCAAGUCUUGCUAGGACGCAAAGUGGUAGUUGUGCGAUGUGAAGGGAUUAACAUAUCCGGCAACUUCUAUCGUAACAAAUUGAAAUACCUUGCUUUCUUGCGCAAGCGUAUGAACACCAACCCCUCCCGUGGCCCUUAUCACUUCCGUGCCCCAAGUCGAAUUUUCUGGAGAACAGUGCGAGGAAUGCUCCCACACAAGACCAAACGGGGUCAAGCUGCCUUGGAAAGACUGAAGGUUUUUGAUGGCAUCCCCCCUCCUUACGAUAAGCGCAAAAGGAUGGUGGUCCCAGCGGCUUUGAAAGUGGUCCGCCUCAAGCCCACACGCAAGUUUGCUUAUUUGGGUCGUCUUGCCCAUGAGGUUGGGUGGAAAUACCAAGCCAUCACAGCUACCCUGGAGGAGAAGCGCAAGGAGAAGGCCAAGCUUCAUUACACAAAGAAGAAACAGCUGAUGAAACUCCGAAAGCAGGCAGAGAAAAAUGUGGAGGGCAAGAUUGCAAAAUACACAGAUAUUCUGAAGCAGUACGGCAUUCUGGUUUAAAUAAAAACGUUCACAAUAAAGAAUAAUAGUUUCUGA